AUGCAUAUUCUGUGGCAUGAGUCGGCGGACGAGGCCGCCUACGAAGCUGCACGUCUCAGCCGGGUCUUCAACCAGCGUUCCCCAGCCCGGUUUCCACUGGGAAUAGCAAAACCCACCAAUGAGAGCGAUAUUAUCGCAGCGAUUAAACUCGCAUUGCAAUGCAAUUGCCGUAUUGCCGUUCGAGCAGGGGGGCAUUCAUUUCCUGUUUGGAGCGUACAGGAUCACUCUAUCCUGCUGGACCUAGGCAACUUUAAGGUCUUGGAAGUGGACGAAGCAGCUCGCAGCGCAAAGGUGUCCCCUAGUAUCACAAGUAAAGAGCUCAACGAUGUGCUGAUCGAGAAGCAUGGGCUCAUGUUUCCUGGGGGUCAUUGCCCAGAUGUCGGCCUUGGGGGGUUUCUAUUGCAGGGUGGGAUGGGGUGGAAUUGCCGGAAUUGGGGCUGGGCAUGCGAAAGCGUGGAAGCGAUAAAGGUCGUCACCAUGCAAGGGGAAUCGGUCUUUUGCAACUCACAACAGAAUGCCGACCUAUACUGGGCAGCUCGGGGCGCGGGGCCAGCCUUUCCUGCAGUUGUAACGGAAUUCCACCUGCGAUUAAUUCCUUACCCGAAAAACGGAUUCCGGUCAUCAGGCUAUAUCUACCCGCGGAAUCGGUACCGUGAAGCAUUCUCCUGGGUGCUUGAAAUUACCCCAACGGUUGACACCGAUACUGAAAUCACGGUAGUAACGCGGUAUAUGGAAGGUCAAGCAGACGUUUGCGUGUGUGUAUAUUUCGUUUGCAUGAAGACUACGCCUGAGGAAGCCGAGGCAGCUCUGCACUAUAUUCACACGCAGCAAAGCCGGCCGUCAGACACGCUGACCGAGUGGUAUUGUCGAGAAGACAGCCUGGAGAACCUAUACGACAAACAGGCCAAGGCAAAUCCGAAGGGUCAUCGGUACCACACCGAUAGCGCCUAUAUCCAUAAUGAUGCCGACGUGGUCACAGUGUUAGAAGACGCGUUCCUAGGUCUGCCUCGGGGCAAAUCGUUCGCAUUCUGGUCGGCUAUGAACCCCUGGAGUAGACGUCAGCUGCCUGAUAUGGCCUUGAGUAUGCGGUCAGAUCACUACUUCGCGAUUUACGCAUUAUCUGAGGAUAUAAGGGAUGACGUGCAACACCAGUCCUGGGUGCAUAAGGUCAUGAAAACCAUUGAGAAUCACUCAGUAGGCACAUAUCUCGGAGAUUCAGAUCUCCAGAAGAUGGAGCGCUACUGGGACAGCAACCAUGCCCGAUACUUGAUGGAGAUAUGUGAUAAGUGGGAUCCUAAAAGUGUAAUGUGUCGGUAUCAGCCCCGUCGUGAUGAACUCGAGACAAAGAACUAG